UUCCAGCCGGUGCACUUCCGGGUAGCCCACCUAGCCCUUUGAGUCAAACCGAAAAACCAUCUGACAAUGAACUAUACAGCUGCCAGAGCUGCCUAAAGAUGAGGACCAUAGUACUGUUUGUCUUUUUCGCACCCUACAGUUUUUGGGUGGACGGGGCAGUGAAGUCAAGAUUUACUCGGGAGGAAUAUCGCGAAGAAAACCCGGAGUUUGAUUCCCUAAACGACCUCCUGUCAGAUUUCGAGGUGCUGCCAUUGUCAAGCCUCCAGCUUCACUCUGUUAGGAAGAGGGACCUCUACGCCCAGUCCCACCUGGAGCGACUGGUGAGCUUCAGAGCCCUGCACAGAAAUUUUAAACUUUACUUGACGACAAACACAGACCUUUUCACUGACACCUUCAAAGCUGUGUUUGUGGAUAAACACGGGAAGGAGGAGAACUACGAUGUUCAGCUUCAGAGCUAUUUCACUGGACAUGUUGUUGGAGAGGAGAAUUCACGUGUGCAGGCCCACAUAGACGGAGAUGAGUUUUCUGCUCACAUUCUAACUGAGGGCGCAGAAUACAAUGUAGAGCCCCUGUGGAGGUUUACUGAUUCCUCACCUGAUGGCAGGCUGCUGGUUUAUCGCUCAGAAGAUAUCAGGAAUCUGAGUCGCAUUGCGUCUCCAAAAGUGUGUGGUUACGUUCAUGCAGAGUCGAACGACCUCCUACCAAGGAGCAGGGACUGGGACUGGGAAAGGCAGGAGGAGGUGGACCAGGAGAAGGAACACCAUCACCGGGAGAAGAGACAAGUACAUGACCACAGGAGGAACACCUGCCCCCUGUUGCUGGUUGCAGAUUACCGCUUCUUUAAACACAUGGGCCGCGGACAAGAGAGCGUCACCCUCAACUACUUGAUUGAGCUGAUUGAUCGCGUUGAUGACAUUUAUAGAAACACCACGUGGGAUGAUGAAUUCAAAGGCUACGGGGUCCAGAUCCAUCAGAUUAUUAUUAACAAGGAGCCUACAAAGCCUCCCGCUGGCCGGACGGAAACCAGCUGGGUCCACUACAACAUGGAGAACAGCCCUGUGAAGGAGAAGGAGGUCUGGGACGUGAAGAAACUUUUGGAGCAAUUCAGCUCGGACAUAGCCGACAACGCUUCCGCUGUGUGUCUGGCCCACCUGUUCACCUACCAGGACUUUGAUGAGGGGACUCUGGGGUUGGCCUAUGUCGCUCCACCCAGACAAAACGCUCUGGGUGGCCUCUGCCCAAAACCUUACUACCCAUCUCACUCAUCCAAGAAGCCAAGUUACCUCAACACGGGCCUAACCAGCACCAAGAACUACGGGAAAACCAUCCUCACAAAGGAGGCGGAUUUGGUGACCACUCAUGAGCUGGGCCAUAACUUCGGAGCAGAGCACGACCCUGAUAACAUCCCUUACUGCGCUCCCAGUGAUGACCACGGGGGCAAGUUUGUCAUGUACCCAAUCGCUGUCAGUGGAGACCAUGUCAACAACAAGCGUUUCUCCAACUGCAGCAAGAUCUCUGUCGGAAAGACGUUACGUUUCAAGGCUCCUUUGUGCUUCAAAGAGAGGAACAGUAAGGUAUGUGGGAACUCCAGAGUGGAGGAUGGGGAGGAGUGUGACCCCGGGCUACUCCACCUCAACGAUGACCCAUGUUGCACCGCUGACUGCAAGUUCAAACCUGGUGUACAGUGCAGUGACAGGAACAGCCCUUGCUGUAAGGAUUGCAGAUAUGAGCAGGCGGGAAGAAGGUGCCAGGAGCCGAUCAGUGCAACCUGUAAAGGCAUAUCCUCCUGCACAGGUAACAGCAGUCAGUGUCCACCCCCGGAAAAUGCUGCUGACGAUACGGUGUGUGUUGACAACGGAAGGUGUCUCAAUGGAGAGUGUAACCCCUUCUGUGAGGCCAUGCAUAACCGUCGGUCCUGUGCUUGCAACGAGACCGAGAACUCCUGUAAAGUAUGCUGCAGAGAAAACGAUGGCACCUGCUCUCCCUUUAUCCUGACCAACGGCAGCUUCCUCUACCUCCGCAAAGGAAAGCCCUGCACUGUGGGCUUCUGUGGUGAAGGCGGAAAGUGCAUGAAGCAGGUACAGGAUGUGAUCGAGAGGCUGUGGAACUUCAUCGACAAGCUGGACAUCAACACGUUUGGGAAGUUCUUGGCUGAUAACAUUGUGGGCUCCGUCGUGGUGUUUUCCCUCAUCUUCUGGAUUCCACUCAGCAUCCUGGUUCACUACGUGGACAAACGUCUCGACCAGCAGUAUGAGGAAAACGCAAAGACCUUCUUCCCUCCAAAUCAGAUGGUGGAAGUUUGUAAUAGAGCUCCCGCCAUAGAGUCAAGAAAUGCUGAGCAACCUCGAGUCGGCGUCCAUGCGCAUCGUCAAACUUCCGCCUCCCUCCUCCUCCGGCGGCCGGACCGCGCCCUCCUUCCUGCCCCCGCAGCCUCAGCAGCUGAUCCAGGUCCGGCCCGCUCCCGCAGCCACCAGCAGCAGCAGCAGCAGCAGCAGCAGCAAUACCAGCAAUACCCCGGACCCCGGCCUGAGCUGCGGCCCCACCCCGGACAGCGCAGGGGGGCUGCGGAUGGCCACCAUCCAGGAGGACACCAGCAGCGGCUCUCACCUGGGAGAGGAGGGCCUGUCGGACGAUUUCACAACCGCAGGAGCCUGCUCGUCGGCUACGAAGUCCUCUUACGAGGAUCUGACAGAACAGAACCCAGCAGCAAGGGACCGACGGCGGCUCAAGAGACAGGAAUGCAUUGACACUAAAGAGACCGAGUGUUGAGAGUAAACAAGGCUUUUUUUUUUUUUUGUCUAAAAGAACCAACGUGUGCAUGUAUCCACACACGCCGUAUCUUGAUAUUUGUUUUUAGGGAACAAGCAAAUACAGUAUCGUAUUAUUUGUCCUGUCAGAGAGCAACUGUUAGUGUCACAACAUUCGUCUUUUCUAAGUCCCCAUUUAGUGUUUUAAACGUGCCUGAGUCUGAUGUUAACUUACACUGAACCACGUUACCGAUACCACACGGGUUUGUUUUGCCUUUGACAGACGGGAGCGAGUCCUCGUCCGUUCGGUGCAUGAAGAAGUAUCAGGAAAUAGAUUUGCUUAGUUAUUCAAGUAAAUUUCCUCCACAUUCAAACAGAGGACACUGAUCCUGCAGAGCAAGUACUGUCCUCAGCAGUGUAACCUUGACAGGUUAUUUCUGUGGCUUAUUAUUUAUGUUGUAACUGUGGUAUUUUAAGAAGGUGGACAAAAUACUUGGACUUAAAAGAUGGCCGUUUUGUCUGGAAUCUGUGUCAGGACUGCACUGAUUUUAAACAUCACUGGAGAAUUGAAUUUGUGCUCUGAUAAAUUGUGUCAGUGUCAUCUGUGAUUUAUUUAAAAAAAAAAAAAAAAGUCCCAAGAAGAUAUAUUUUAAGCCCUGUGUUCUUGGAAUGUAACAUUUUAAUACCGUGCACCAGAAUUGUAUUUAGUUUAUUUAGUUUUCAUGGACGGUGCAACUGAAAACGAGACCAUUAUGAAUUCUGUGAAAACUCUGUUACUUUGAAAACUGUGCUUUCUUCAUCUCUGCACGAAACAAUGAGGUGCCUUUUUUUUUUUUAUUUUGUGCCUCUGUUCCAUGCUGACUAUUUUCUGUGCACAAAUAAGGACACAGUCCCCUGAACAUAAGUUGACAUUUGGUGCUCAGACGUCCUAUGUGGUUAGUUUUCUGUCCUCGUGCCAAUGUGAGCUAUGCAUCUCUUUUUUUACGUAUUUAAUGCGUCUGUCUCAUCACUGUUAGCUGCUGUGUCACAUGUUUGAACAAUCAGACACGUAUUUUACCGUAGGUCAAGAAGAAGUAGUAGUAGAAGACUGUAGAUGGACGUGAAAGCUUGUGAAGUGACCUGCUAUGUCAUAUCAGAUGAUGUGUAUAUUCUUAAUGUUUCUACGCAGAUGAAUAUUCAUUGCUUGUAUUACACAUAUUUCAAAAAGAUAAUAAAAAUCUUUAAUGUGCAUUUUAA